UCCCCCCGGGUGUGGAGGGGGGGGGGCGACUCCAAACAGUGCAGCUCGGAGCCGGACGGCGGCGGCGGCGGCCGGAGGAGGCGCCCUGACAGCAGCCAUGGCCACGGAAUCGCCUCGUCGACCGAGCCGUUGUACCGCUGGAGUUGUGGUUCGUCCCCAAGCUGUAACGGAGCAGUCGUACAUGGAGAGUGUCGUGACUUUUUUACAAGAUGUCGUGCCCCAGGCUUACAGCGGUUCACCUCUUACAGAAGAGAAGGAGAAAAUAGUCUGGGUCAGAUUUGAAAAUGCAGAUUUAAAUGAUACAUCAAGGAAUAUGGAAUUUCAGGAAAUUCACAGUACUGGAAAUGAACCGCCUCUGCUGGUCAUGAUUGGAUACAGUGAUGGGAUGCAGGUCUGGAGCAUACCUAUCAGCGGUGAGGCGCAGGAACUCUUUUCCGUUCGACAUGGCCCCGUUCGAGCUGCUCGGAUCUUGCCGGCUCCUCAGAUCGGUCCUCAGAAGUGCGACAGCUUUUCAGAGAAGAGGCCUCUGCUUGGUGUGUGUAAGAGCAUCGGUUCUUCUGGCACGAGUCCUCCAUUCUGUUGUGUCGACCUGCACUCCUUGCGCACGGGGGAGAUGGUCAAAUCCAUUCAGUUCAAGACGCCCAUCUACGAUCUCCACUGCAACAAAAGGAUCCUGGUGGUUGUCCUGCAAGAGAAAAUCGCCGCUUUUGACAGCUGCACUUUCACAAAAAAAUUCUUUGUCACAAGCUGCUAUCCUUGUCCAGGGCCAAACAUGAAUCCUAUUGCUCUUGGGAACCGCUGGCUUGCUUAUGCAGAGAACAAGCUGAUCCGGUGCCAUCAGUCCCGUGGCGGAGCCUGUGGUGACAACAUUCAGUCGUACACUGCGACGGUCAUUAGCGCGGCCAAAACUCUGAAGACUGGACUGACAAUGGUUGGUAAAGUGGUGACUCAGCUGACAGGGACACUUCCUUCAGGCGUGACAGAAGAGGACGUCGCCUCCCACAGUAAUACCCGGCGAAGUCCUCUGGUUCCAGGAAUCAUCACAGUUAUUGACACGGAGACCGUUGGAGAAGGGCAGGUACUUGUGAGUGAAGAUUCUGACAGCGAUGGAAUUGUGGCUCAUUUUCCUGCCCAUGAGAAGCCAGUCUGCUGUAUGGCUUUUAAUACAAGCGGAAUGCUGUUGGUCACAACAGACACUCUAGGCCACGAUUUCCACGUUUUCCAAAUUCUGACUCAUCCGUGGUCCUCAUCGCAAAGUGCGGUCCAUCACUUGUACACUCUUCACAGAGGAGAGACUGAAGCGAAAGUGCAGGAUAUCUGCUUCAGCCACGACUGCCGCUGGGUGGUGGUCAGUACACUCCGGGGGACCUCGCACGUCUUCCCGAUCAACCCCUACGGCGGCCAGCCCUGCGUCCGUACUCACAUGUCCCCCCGGGUCGUGAACCGCAUGAGCCGCUUUCAGAAAAGCGCGGGCCUGGAAGAGAUUGAGCAAGAGCUGACGUCAAAGCAAGGAGGUCGCUGUAGUCCCGUCCCUGGGUUGUCAAGUAGCCCCUCUGGAUCACCUCUCCACGGGAAACUGAACAGCCAAGAACCCUACAACAACUUCACCAACAACAACCCUGGCAACCCUCGGCUCUCACCUCUCCCCAGCUUGACGGUGGUUGUCCCUCUUGCGCAGAUCAAGCAGCCGAUGACUUUGGGGACCAUCACCAAACGCACAGGACCAUAUCUGUUUGGAGCGGGGUGUUUUUCCAUAAAAACCCCAUGCAAAACGAAACCACCUCCCCAGAUCUCACCAAGCAAAUCAGUGGGAGGAGAAUUUUGUGUGGCGGCAAUCUUUGGGACAUCGAGAUCAUGGUUUGCAAAUAAUCCAGGUCUGAAGCGAGAUAAAGAUCAGUCCAAGCAGUUCGUGGUUGAAUCCCUGUACAUUAUCAGCUGUUACGGGACCCUGGUGGAGCACAUGGUGGAGCCUCGACCGCUCAGCACAGCCCCCAAGAUUAGCGACGACACGCCCCUGGAGAUGAUGACCUCGCCUCGGGCCAGCUGGACCCUGGUUAGAACCCCGCAGUGGAAUGAACUGCAACCGCCAUUUAAUGCAAACCAUCCUCUGCUCCUCGCUGCAGAUGCAGUUCAGUAUUAUCAGUUUCUGCUCGCUGGCUUGGUCCCCCCUGGAAGUCCUGGGCCCAUUACUCGACACGAAUCCUACGACAGCUUAGCCUCUGAUCACAGUGGACAGGAGGAUGAAGAAUGGCUUUCUCAGGUGGAAAUUGUGACCCAUACCGGACCCCACCGACGUCUAUGGAUGGGCCCACAGUUCCAGUUCAAAACCAUCCAUCCCUCAGGCCAAACCACCGUCAUAUCUUCCAGCUCUUCCGUGCUACAGUCACAUGGCCCAAGUGAUACCCCACAGCCUCUUCUCGAUUUUGAUACAGAUGAUCUGGACCUCAAUAGCCUCAGGAUCCAGCCGGUCCGAUCUGAUCCAGUCAGCAUGCCAGGGUCCUCCCGCCCAACUUCAGAACGCAGAGGAGUUUCCACGAUGAUUGAUGCUGCCUCAGGUGCCUUUGAUCGGAGCGUGACCCUCCUGGAAGUCUGCGGGAGUUGGCCGGAGAGCUUCGGCCUGCGUCACAUGGCCUCCAUUGAACACACAGAGGAGGGGCUACGGGAGCGGCUGGCCGAUGCCAUGUCCGAGUCCCCGAGCCGAGACGUCGUGGGAUCGGGAACAGGUGCACAAGCAGGUUCUUCGAUGAUGCUGCAGGCCAAGCCCAAGCCCAAGCAAGCUCCCUGCCCCCAAGACUGUGCCUCCACAUUGGUAAGAACAGCUUUGGCCAAAAGCUCAGACCCAGCCCUUGAAGUAGCAGUUAAAAACAUCCCCCCAGAGAGGCACAUGGCUGGGAAAUGUUUGGAGCUCCAGCGCGAGGGAAGCAUCGAGACUCUGAGUAACAGCUCGGGCUCCACCAGCGGCAGUAUUCCCCGCAACUUCGAUGGCUACAGAACCCCCCUCCCGACUAACGAGAACCAGCCUCUCAGCCUCUUCCCCACGGGGCUCCCUUAGCACCCUCGGCCGCCUGACCUGGCCGGGGGCCUUUCCAGCAGUGCCAGCUCCAAAGGGAAGGUGACCCCUGCCCCCCCAGGCUUCCAGCUGGGAUGGGGCAGGAUAAGGGGGUCAGGCCUCACUCAUCCAAGGCCUCCAUUGGGGCCUGAGCAUUUCCAGGCUGGGCUGAAAAGAGCAGAGGUUCUGAGCUGGUCCAGAGCAAUCCCCACCCCCCAUCGGCUCUGAGCCGGCUGGCUGCCGGAAGCCCACUUGCUACCCUGAGCCCCAGCCUUCUCUCUGCCCCCCAACCACCCCGCCUAGGAACCCUGCCCUCACAGCGAGUAGUCGGCCCCCUGGCCUCCUGCCCUUUGCCAGGGAGCACCCGGCUUGGCUCCCAAGCAUCAGCUCUUCUUCCUCCCACCAUCUCCCCCUCCUGCCUCUGUACGGAUGAGCUGUGGAACCUGCUUCCUGUUACAGUAGUGAGGAAGAGAGGCAGCCUCUGAGCGAGUCUGAAAGCUGGAUGACUUUUUUUUCUGCUCCUCCCAAGCAUCGGGGAGAAGACCAGAGCUCGGUGACCUAUUCGCAUGCGGUGUGAGCCCCCCGGCCACCGUGUGUGUUUGUAAAGAGGAGAGUGAGGCGCGCCAUAGCCGGGGCCUGGGGAAGCCCCAGGGGUCCAGGAGAACUCAGAUCCAGCUAGGCCUGAACAGUAAGCUGGCCCACGAUCUCCUCUGCUUCCAUGUCCUCCUCGCUCCUUCUCCAGACUGUUGCUUUUGCUGCUUUUCCUCCCGCCCCCGAGAGGAACUGAAGUUGAAGUGCCAUCAGAAGAGGGGACAAGAAGGAGCUGCUGGUUUUGACUAAUGGAAAGGAUGAUCUUUCUUGCUGUCCCCGCUUUCUCCUUACCCUGUAUAAAAUGCAACUCUCUCCUCUAGUGAAAGAAACCAUGUCCGUGGAAACUCUGUCAAGAAAUGCACGCCUCAUUAAAUAAAUCGAAUUCAAAUUGA